UUGGCUGGUAUCACGUUGCCGCCAUGACUCUUGGCAGUCUCAUCCUGCACCAUUGUUUCCAAUAGCAGCCGGAAGAAGCUGCUGUAAGAGGGGGAGCGGGUAAAGGCAUCCUUUACUGCACUCUGCAGUCUCUCCACCUGAACGCCGCUCGAUAAAACGUACCUUAGGCAGAGUGGUUCGGGUAACUAAGCUCAACAGCGGCUGUUUCAUUCAAUACAUAAAAAUUAAAACCCCCUUCCCAUCAGUGGCGACGCCAAAGAAAACGGUCAGAGGACCGCAUAAGCUUUGAGGUUUCAGCGCACUCGGCUUCUACGUCAUACUUUAAAUGGUACCAACUCUGUAAGGGGAGACGUUCAUCAUUCCUCCAAAAGGAUCAGGAACCAGUGCCACCCACUAAUGAACAUUUUUUGGUGAAACACUGCCUAUAAAUGAGGCUUGAGGGACUGAUUUGAAGCAUGCUGGAUGUGAAUGAAUGACUAAAUUGAGUUUUGCAACCUAAAAAGCUGAAGUCAUGAGUGGAAUUUUAAAGAGAAAAUUUGAAGAAGUUGAAGGGUCAUCUCCCUGCUCUUCCUUAAGGGAAUCUGAUGAUGACAUUUCAAGCAGUGAAAGUGGGGAUAGCAGUGAUAGUGUUAAUCCUUCCACUUCCAAUCAUUUUACUCCAGCCUCCAUCUUGAAAAGAGAAAAACGAAUAAGAACAAGAAAUGUUCACUUUGAAAAUGUAACUGUUUAUUACUUCACACGACGACAAGGCUUCACCAGUGUGCCCAGUCAGGGAGGCAGUACUCUGGGAAUGUCAAACCGACACAACUAUGUGCGCCAGUAUACCCUGGGAGAGUUUGCAGUGGAGCAAGAGAGGAUUCAUCGAGAGAUGUUGAGGGACCAUCUCAAAGAGGAGAAACUGAAUUCCAUAAAAAUCAAGCUGACUAAAAAUGGCACGGUGGAAUCUGAAGAAGCCAGUACACUCACAGUGGAUGACAUUUCCGAUGACGACAUUGACCUAGACAACACAGAAGUGGACGAGUAUUUCUUUUUGCAACCACUGACUACCAAAAAAAGAAGAGCAUUACUGAGAGCAUCGGGAGUUAAAAAGAUAGACGUUGAAGAAAAACACGAGCUGCGCGCAAUCCGAGUAUCGAGGGAGGAGUGUGGCUGUGACUGCAGGGUCUUCUGUGAUCCCGAGACCUGCACUUGCAGCGCAGCUGGAAUAAAGUGCCAGGUGGAUCGCAUGUCCUUCCUAUGUGGCUGUACUAAAGAAGGCUGCAGCAAUACAGCAGGCAGAAUCGAGUUUAACCCCAUCAGAGUGCGGACACACUUCCUGCACACCAUCAUGAAACUAGAAAUGGAAAAGAACAGGGAGCAGCAGCAGAUCUCCGCAGCAAAUGGUUACCAUGGUGAAGCAAACGUUCACAGCAAUCCGCUGGUUCAAGCACAGCACAGCCUGGAAUAUUCGCUUGCCGACAGUGUUCCUCAGACAACCAUAAUGCAUUUGCAAGCUGCUGAAGAGCUAGAUGACCAGGGAGAAGAGGACGAGGAGGAGGAAGAGCAGGAAGAAGAAGAGGAGGAAGAAGAAGAGGAGGAGGAAGACGACGACGACGACGAGGAAGAGGAGGACGACGGCAGCAGUUUGUGCAGUGGCGUGACGGAUUCGAGUGCACAGAGCUUGGCUGCUAGUGAAUCAGACGAGGACGAGGAGGAAGACGACAAGCUAAGUGAUUUUUCAGUAGGAAUGACGUCCGCACAUACUGACGUGGUGCCACUUUCUUCUGUGUUGUGCUACUCUGACGGAGCUGUGGUGCACGAAAGUGACACACAUUCUUAUUACAGUAAUUCAUUAUCAGAAUAUUACAAAAUGAAAAAUUCUGCCGCUGCAUCAAAUGCAAAUAUGAACACAGAUUCUGGCACGUACAGUGAUGCCACCUCCUAUCCGGAGAGGGUUAUUGGUAACAAUGGGACAAUGUCUUUGGUGCCUUAUAGCAUUGUGUCCGAGCAGUUUGUAGACUAUAGUCGCACUUCUGAAGAAAGCUACAGCAGUCCAAAUUACCCCGUUCCAGGUGGAGUGCCGUCCGUUAUUGUUUGCUGUUCUGCUGACCAGGACAAUAAUAUCCAGUUCAACAGAAUAUAUGGCGAACAGACUUCGGCUCUUCCUCAAAUUGAGUUUCACAACUACUUAAACAAUAAUUCUCAAGACAGGUACGUCUCAAACGGGAAUUGUUAUGCAGCUGCCGAGCAGCCAAAAAAAAUGUUAAUGGGACUUUCUGAAGAAGUAGUCCUUCCUGAAAAAUCCUCAAAGACUUGCACAUUGGAGAGCAGGCCUGAAGCAACUCCCGUUUAACACUUUAGCAUAGCCGGCUCUGUUUUGGAUUUUUUUUUCCUAAUUAAAUAAACAUUCCUUUGCCAAGGGGGGGGGAGACCCCUCCCAGUCCCAAGAGACUUGGUCAGCACUCUUUGGUUGAAAUUGCUUGCAUUUGCAGGUUUUCCUUCGUCACCGUGACAUAAUUGCACAUAUUUCUCAUUUUUUUUAGACCUUGCUUGUUUUAAUUAAGAAAAAGGGGAAAACGUGUAUGUGACUUUUUAGGAAAAUCCUACCUUUCAGAUGUUUAUUUAUAAUGUACAGUGAAAAACAAAGAAGAUUACAAAACUGAAAAGUGUAUCCUCUAGAUCGGUGUUACAAGAGACGUUUGCAGUUUACGGGGUUCUGGUUUUCAGAAGAUCUCAUGGAUUCAAAUUUUAUAUGUUCCUGUGGCAAUUGUGGAAAAAAACAAAUCCUCUUCAUAAUUUACUUUCUUUAUGGGUUUAUGAAGUGUCUGUUAUAUCAGUGUUUCGAUAAUUGAUAGCAUGUUAUUUUUGAAGUCAAGAUAUUGAAGUGAAGGAUACAAACACACCAUUGGUUUCGGUUCAGCGUUUUUUUCCCCUCUCAGUCCUUCAUUAAGUUCGUCACAAAGGCAUUCCUUGUUAAAUAUUGCCAAACGUUAGGCCUUUAAUUAUUCUACACAGCCCCUCUUCUGCCUGUUGCAUGCUUUAGUUAUUGACCAUUAUGUUGAUUUUGGGGGACUAAUCAAGGCCUGUACAGCUAAGCUGUAAGGAGAGUCAACACCUGACUUGCUGCUGUUGAGCCAUAUUACAGCAUAACACUACUGGUGCCAUUAAUUCAGUAUUUUGGUGCGGAGCUGAACAUUUAAUUGCCAUUACACUUUUCUCUGGCUGAGUUAUUUCUGCUAAGGUGUUAAAAGUGAUCAUCUGAUAAGCAAGUGAAGCAAUAAAGAUUGUUCAUUUUCCAUUGAUCCCGAUAUCGCAGAUGUAGCACCUUUGUCACAAGUGUUCCAGACAUGCACUGCAUUGGUGUGUGGAUCUCGACAAACCCUACGCCGAGUGCAGCCCUGGGCGAAAACGGCGAUGGCCUCCAUCUGUGCACGCGAGUCCACGCAGGCAGUACAGCUGCUUCUUCAUACUUGACCUUGUGUUGUCUGUUUGCCAGGAGUGGUGCCAAUGAGGUUUUGCUGCUAUUAUUUUUUUUUUUUUCUCGUACUGUGAAGACCGUUCAGCUCGGACCGCUAGGAUAAAGGCGUAUGGAAACACAACCCUUUACUGUAUCUGCUCAUUGUGCUGCUUUGUCUUUGCUGGACAGUAGGCCUCCACCUCUUAGUGAACCAGACUACUGGAGCGCAGAGAGAGAAAUUAGAAAAUGAAAUGUCCUGAGGGUCCAAAGACAUUGUUAGAAAAGUCACAAUUUGGCCGUUUCUGCUAGUUUUACAUUUUCACUCAAAGUAACGUGCUCAAUACAAAUGGGUUCUUUGCUCAAAAAAAACGGUACAUCUAAUAACCUAAGUUGUAACUCCACAAAGCCCUGUUGUGCAGGUCUAAAACUGUGGGGUGCCCCUCUUGGAGUCUCUCAACUGGUGGUCCCACUCGUUGAAUACU